AUGGCAACAGAACGCUCAUUGGCCGCGCUCCUGCGGUCGCUGCAGUCGACCUCCAGUCUUCAAGAUGCUGCUGCUAUCCUUCCCACGGCCACCAGCUUCUUGUCGAUGCUUGGAAACCCGUUGAAUUUGAGCUUGCUUGCAUCGCAGCUUCUCAGCGCACCCGCCCUGUGGAACCACCCCGUCGACUUGCAGGCGUGUCGCAGGAUAAUCAGUGUCUUCAAUACCGCCGCCAUUGCGGUCCUGCAGAAUGACAGCACAGACGAGCCUCGGUUACCAUAUGGGCGAAAUCGGAGGAUCGAGCGGGAGGCAUGGAUUAAGGCAGUGGUGGAAGGCGCUGACGACAAGUCUCCGCGUUGGAGGCACAUGCUCCUGCUAGGCGGGAUUCUGCUCGGUUUCGAGGGACAGAAUCGCCAGGGUCUACCAUGGCAUAUACGAACAAAACUCGAGUCGGCUCUGGCAACGGCUGCACAGUUGGCUCUCGAGGAGUUAGAGCCCGAUGCGGGUGUGGAUGGGUAUUGCAUCACUAUGGUGUUGAACUACACAUUCGAGCUUCUGUCCGAUCUGGAACGAAACAAACUGGAUUACGAUCGCUUGCUGCCGAUCAUGAUUCGAUCGGCCUUUUUCUCGCCCGAGGGUCUUGAGGGAGGUUAUUUCUUGGGGACUAUCGACAAGGACGUUGUCGAGGCCCCCGGGAAACAAUUCCGGUGGUCGGCCAACUCUGCAACAUUCGGCUAUCUGUCUUCAAUAUCUUCUCGUCCUCUUGUGUCGGCCUUGGGUCCUCUCUCUCGUCUUGUCGCGUAUGCGAUUGAGAAUGUUCAAGAUGUUAAGACUGUCGCGCAAACCGUCGACUAUCUCGCCGACUUUGUACGGACGCUCAUGGUGCAAUGGCGCCAAAAUAAACUGUCUGAGAUUGAUAUGGCAGAGGAGUCCGAGUUCUUGGAAGCUGAAUCACGGAGAAGCACGAUUCCUGCUCUCUGGAAGGUGCUCCGAAACUGCUUAUACUCGGUGGUCAUCCUUCUUCGGGCUGUUCUAGGGAGAUCUAUCAAUGAUCCGGCUCUUGCUGCUGGCAGUAGUAAGUGGCACAAGACCCCUGCCUCUUUUCUUGAGACUGAUCCAGAUAUCUUAGGUGCGCCGUUUCUUUCCAUGCAAUCCCUUCAUAUUCUCCGCAACCUCUACUUCGUCUCUUCUCGAGUUGGGCAGAAUGCUUCAUCACAACACAACUUUGUGUUCCUAGCAGCUAUCGACAUCCUUUCGCACUACCCCGACCUUGCUGAGAAUUUCCUGCGAAGUAUCAAGCCCAGCGAUAUUGGCCAGAUUCCUGCUCACCCAGUCGAGCGGUGUUUGGAUCUUUUUUUCCUGAACACCGCCGAGCACUUCCCUCUGUUAUUGUCACCCGAGGCCAACGAAGAGCUUUUUCUUUCUGCCGCUUUUCCAUAUUUGGCCGCUGGGGCCAACAGCCUCCUGUUGGAGAUCUUUGAGGCUGCUCACAGUCUGGUGCUUGUGGUCUUCGCUAUUCCGCACAACUCGGCACUGGCUGCCAAACACCUGCCCUUCUACAUUGAAAACCUCUUUGCCGUAUUUCCCAAUAACCUGUCCGCGCGACAAUUCCGUCUUGCUUUCAAAACAGUCAUCCAGGUCACGGCGCCUCCGUCGCCUCUCGCCAAUAACCAGCCCCUUCUUCCAUCGAUCCUGUUGGAAGUCGUCCAUGAUCGCGCAUUGAAUGCUUCGUCCACACCUAUCCCACCCCAGGCCGGUGUGUCUGCCGAUUCAGGCCCUACCGUGCCCCUUUCCGAGCAGGCUGUGCUUACCCUCGCCUUGAUCGAUUCUCUCUCUUUCCUCCGCGUCGACGAUCUCAAAGAGUGGCUUCCGCUCGCAGCACAGCUGAUCAACACGAUCCCAGAUCGGGAGAUGCGACACAUCUGUGUUGACCGUUUCUGGGAGGCUCUCAGCAGCGGCGAGAUGGAUGUGGAUCGAGCGCAUUGCUGCGUCGCCUGGUGGAGUACCCAGGGUGGGCGUGAGCUGGUCUUGUUUGGGGCCGAGACGUCUCAUGGUGCCGGGGAAUCCCAAGAAAGCGGGCCGUAUAUGACUGGGGCGGUAGGAGGAGUUGCGCCGGAGAAUAAACUAUGA